AUGAGCUAUAAAACUUUUAUUGUAAAAAAAGUAGCAAAACACGUUUUAUCAAAUACUCGUUCUAAGCAAAAUGCUCAAGAUCAAGAUACUCAAAACAUUAUUUCUUCUUCUUCAACUAAUCCAAAUGCUCAUACCAAUAAUAAUGAUGUCGGAGAACAUGGCGGUGGUGGAGUUGGAGGAAAAAGGAAAAAGAAUAAGUGGAAAAUACCACCAAAUUUGACACAAAAAGAAGCCAAAGUUUUAAAACAUUUUAAAAAAAGGGCAUACUGUUAUGAUGUAUCAUGUUGUAAUUGUUGUGGAAUACAGAUUGGAUUGGAUCCAAUUAUAGGUAUUAUACCAUUUGUUGGAGAUUUUAUGGGAACCUGGUUAUCUUUGAUGUUAUUAAAAUCAACAAAGGAAUUGGAUUUACCACAUUUUAUUAAGAUGCAAAUGGCAAUGAAUGUAUUAAUAGAUUUCUUGGUAAUUUAA